CUCGACAAAACAGCUAUUUUUAUUCAGCGUAUGGUCGAAGUCCAUAUUGUGCAUGUGGCCUUGACUGGCAUAUGGGCUAGGUGUGUAUAGCAGGGUGGCGAGCGGAGUAGUCGGUGUCGUCGCACGGUAUUACAACAGGCACCAUGUGGUCAUUCAACCCAGUUGCCUUUGUGCUGUUUGUGGUGGAGCUGUAUCACAUUCUGGGACACGCGGCCAUCUUGUUCCGAGUUCGGUUACUGCCACGGAAAGAUCUUGUUCGCAUCCGCUUCUACUUCCUUUUUGACGCUGCCUCAGUCUUCAUAACCUGCUUCCUGUACACGGGUAAACUCAGAUGGUUGGCAAGUCUGCAUCUUAUACAGCACCUCUUCUACUUCAUCACCUGGAACAAAUCAUCCCUGGCUAAUAAGAUAAUGGACUGGAGUUCGCUGGAUUAUUUCAAAAGUCACAAGAAAGAUCGCUUGGAGCUGGAUUCAAUCCUAGGAACCGCGUUUGACAUCGCUGUCCAUGUCCUCAACGUGUAUAUGCUGACAAGCUAUCUGCCAACUGUGGGCGUCCUACUGGGCCUGGCGGUGGCUCACGGUAGUGCCUACUUCAUCUUGUACAACCCCCGCCUCGCCUGGAGCAGCCCCUCCAAGAUGCCAGCCUGGAUAGAGAGGCGCAUCAGACCACUGGAGACCUGACCAGUGGAAUCUUAAUGCAACACAGUCACUAUUAUCUCGUAUAUUUUACGUCUUUUUGUAAAGCUUGUUGCGCGUUUGUACACGUGAUGUCACACGAUUUUAUUGAACUCCACUUGACACAAUGGCCAUGAUCUCUCUGCGUUAUUCAGUCUAAGUAAACUUAGGCUCAGUAUUAUUCGUUACACUGCUAUACUGAGUCUAACAAAACCUAGUAGAAGGUCGCGUCAGCUAACCUUUUGGACUGACCAAUCAGAACACAGCUUACC